AUGGUUUCUGCGAAAGCUUGCGCUGUUAUCGCACUGAUGGGCUGCGCCCUUCUCGUUUUCAUACGGCGUGAACGAAUAAGAGAGAACUAUGUGGACAUAUGGGAGAGACAGAGAAAUUUCUUAAAUAGGGGCAUUCGACUGAAUAAUGGCUUUUCUGAGGAUAUAGAAGCUGGCUUUACGUCUAGAAACUUCGAUCUGUCGAGCCACAAUGCAGAUGACCAAAGAGAUGGUCUGGAUGACGAGGCCAAAAACGAAAUCAAGCAAAUAAUGCAACAGGAUCGAGUGGACUUUGAUCAAGCAAGAUUCAUCUAUUUAAAGCAAAAGCUCGGGAAUAACAAUAUAGCCGCCAACGGCAUGCCACUGGACCCCAAAGCAGUGACUUUCAGAACAUCGUGA